AGCAGAUGGUCGCGACGUCCAAGGCUCCGCCAGGGACUCCGUCGGGGGCACCCUGGCGCAAGCCGCAGCAGCGUGCGCCCAGGCCUCCUUCGGCCCCGCCGCCGCGGCACCUGCUCGUGGGUCAGCCUGCCCCCGCGCCCAACCCGUGGGCCUUCCUGGGGCCUGCGCCGGGGGCCCAGAGCGGCGAGGGCGUGGGCGCAUACAGGGAACACCGCUGCGUGGGAGCCGCGGAGGGGGGCCCCGUGGCGGUCUCGGAGCCCGUGGAGGCCACGGGUGAAAUAUGGAGGCCAUGGAGGGGCGCCCCGUGGAGGACGCGCAGGCCGGGGAGGCCGUGGAAGAAAGCCCGAUGGAGGCCGUGGAGGGGAGCCCCGUGGAGGACGCGGAGGCCACGGGCGGUCAGCUGGAGGAUGCGGCGCCCUGGGGUGGCCCCGCUGGCGUGCUGCGGGGCCCCCACGUCUGGCGCUGCCCGAGAACGGGCGGGGAGGUGCGGUACUUCGCCGCCAGGGUGGCGCCCGCUGGGGACGAGCUGGGCGCGUGCGGGCCGCCAGAGGACGAGCCGGUCGUGCUCUACUUCUCUGGCCUCGGGGACGCGGGCGGCGACGCGAAGGCGCCGUUCGCCAAGAGGCUAGAGGCCAUGAUGAGUUGGCGGCUGGCGCCGUUCUUGUUCCUGGCGCCCCUACGGCCUCCGGGCCAAUGGUGGGUCCUAGACGGCGACGAGCCGAAUUACGGCUACCUCGGGGAGCUUGUGCCCGAGACCGUGGACUUGCUGGCAGCCUUCGUCGGGAGCCUGGCUGACGACCGGCGGGUUGUUGCGCUGGGCUUCUCCGCCGGCGCCUACUGCAUCACCGAGCUCCUGGCGCGCGGCAGUCUGCAUAUGGACGCGGUGGCCCUGGGGGGCCUCCACGGCCACGGCCAACCCGACGUGGAAGAUGUCCCGAAGAAGCGCAAGGCUGGCACUGUCGAGAAGUUCCAGGCCUACCUGAACCGCCUCGGGGGCCACUCGGGGGUGCCGGGCGGCAUCCUGGCGAUGCACGCCGAGGACGACGGAUGGUGCCCGAGGAGGUACGCCGAGGAGGCGCUUGGCGCAUUGGGCGACAGGAACGCGCAGCUGGACCUCCCCCGGGUGCAGUACACACUGCUGCCCGCGGGCACGGCCGGCAAGAAGCUCAGAGGCCACAGCUACGAGGACAGGGCGCUCUGGCGCCAGGAGCUGCUCCGCGCGCUGCUCAGCACCGCCCGCAAGGGUGGCAGCGAGGGCCGACCGGCCAAGCGCCGGAGGGCGCCGCUGCCGCGGGGCUCGGUGGUGCUCACCAUGCCCGACGGCGCGGGGGACGUGCCGGACAGGGUGGCGGGCGGCGCUGCCGGCGUGCCAGGCGCCACGUGCUGCUGGCUGCCGGGGAGCGGCGGCGGCCCCCGCGGCGCCGUGCUCGACGAUCCCGCGGGCUCGCCGGAGCAGAGGGGCGCCGCCCCGCAGGCGCUCUGGGAGGAGCUCUGGGAGGACUCCGAGCCCGAGGACCGCGAGGAGGUGCAGGCAGAGCCCAACGCCCAGGACGGCCGCAAGCCGGAGUGGGCGACGCGGGCAGCCGAGAUAUUGAAUGGGGCCCCCGGAUUUAAGGAGCACGGCUUUGUGAUCCUGCUGGACGCCCUGGCCCACGAGAAGGCCGCCAGGGUGCUGGCAGACUGCCACGCGGUCGCACGCCAGAUGGUGUCCGACACUCGCCCCAGGGGCAACCGGCACGGCGGCGGCCGCUACUCCUUCGGAACAGCGUCAUCCACAGGCAGCAUGCUGCACAUCGCCGCGCCGGGCCCGCUGCAGCCUGCAGACUGGCGGGACGUGGACACGUCCCCGGCGCGACGCAUCCCGUCUUUCGCGACCUGCCUGCUCAACAACUGGGCAGUGCUGGCCACCGUGGAGGCCAUCUUCGAGCUCCGGCCCAGCGCGCCGCCGGGGCGCCCCGGCGGCGCACCACCGCCGGGGUUCCGGUGCGUGAGCGGUGGGGGCGACUUCGUGCUGGCUGGGGAGAGGCGGUUCCAGCUCAUGCACAACGACCUCGGCUCGGUCAAGAGGGAGGACGACGAGCACUUGCCGCCGCCGCUGGUGUCCGUCAACUUCUGUGUGGAAGACAUCACGGGGGAGAACGGCCCCAUGCGGAUGGUGCCAGGGACGCAGCGGAGCAACGGCCACUGGGCCGGGAGCCCAGUAGAGCAGGCCGACUGGCGGGCUUCGCGGCUCUUCCCCCUGCCCGCCGGGGCGGCCAUCGUGCGCGACGUCCGCACGCUGCACGCCGGGAGCCCGAACUUCUCCGGGCGCCCCCGCUUCUUGCCGGCCGUGGAGUUUACGUCGCUGCGGUUCCUCGGGACCCCCAAGGGCUCCGGCUACGUCCGCCAGGCGUCGAUGCCCCGCGCCUUGUUUCUGCGGCUGCGCCGCGCCACGCGGCGGCGGGUCGAUCCCAGGGUCGUGGCCAGAGGUCCGGUGGUCGCAGGCUUCAAGCGAGGCUAGCGCCUCGCGGAGCACCGGAGGCCGCGCAGCGGCCGCGGCGGCGGCCCG